AAUCGACGAGAAUUCACGAGACCGCACCUGUAACCGCCGUGUUUUGAAAACUUAAUUUCAAUUAUUGGUUAUUUAUUCCUACAGAGGUUAAGUAAUUACACUCCUCUAUAAUGGAUCAAAGUACAUUGGAUAUUAUAGAGAAGACGAGAAGACGACGGGAGGCUUUGGAAAGGAAGAAAGCCGAACUAUGCGUAUCACCUAUAAAUGAUUCAUCGAACAAGCUACAUUCCACUGAGGAACUAUGCGGAACAAAACGAAGAACGCCACUAAGCGAUGUUAAGAAUACUACACCGAACAAAGAAUCACCGCCAAAAAGACAGAAGAGCGACGUAGAUGAUGGACCCUCAAAAAACUCUGUUAAAUUCCCAUCUUUUGAUCACUUAGAAGCAAGACCUUCUUUCAGAGCUCGUAAAUGUCGGCUAGCUAGAUUGGCUGAUAAUAUUAAUUCAUGGGAUGAUGAUCUAAAUCGCGUUGACUAUAGGGAAUCACCAGAAAAGCCCAAAAGAGUCUGGACGCCCCCUCAAUCCCCAAGCGCACAAUAUAAUUCACCACAAAGAACGCCUAAUCAAGUCAGAAAUUUAGUUAGUUCACCGGAUAAGCCUAAAGUUUGGACUCCACCGAAGUCGCCAAGCGCACAGUAUAACUCGCCCAAGAAAAAUGCCUCUACAAGCAAGCUAAUUGAUAACGUCGAAAAUGAAAAACCAAAGAAAACUCAAGCUCCAGCACCACCCCCUCCCGCCCCUCCUAUUCAAGAAGAAGAAUCAACAAAACUUAAUAAGACACCCUCUUUCAUUAAAACACCGACAAAAAGCUUUUCCCCCGUGAAGUUUAGUCCAACUUCUCCUUCGUCUAUUAGACCAAAUCCAGUUAUGGCUCCAAGAAUCAUUUCCAAUCCACCUCCUACCGCAACAGUACCAUCACCAGCAGCAGCUACCACAACUACAGUUCGUACAAAAUUAUGGGAAGAAGCUAUCAAGAAAAACGAAACGGAAAGGAAGACGGAAAAAGUUCCCGAAGUUCAAGAACGUAAGAAGAUAUGGGAGAAGAAAACUGAUAAUAUAACCACUAACAGAAGGGAUAGUUUUGAACCGACGAAGAUGCCAGUGCUUGCAAGGAAAAAUAUUUGGGAAAAAAGAAUAGAGGAAAGUGAAGCGCUAACGAGAGAUACAUAUACUCCCAAACGAGUAAAUAAACCAUCAACACCGAUAGCGCAUAGUCAAAGAGAAAACAAAAGCUUAGCUUCCGUAUCGCAAGAUGUUGUAUCAGCACGAGUGCCCGCACCAAGGAAUCAUGUUAGUCAAACACCAAAAGCAGAACCCAAACCUACGACAUCUGUAACAGCAACUGCGUCGAACCCCGACCCAAUGACAAGUUCACCAUCCGUACCUAUUAACCCGAAAAGUGCGGGUAAAAAGGGUAUAGUAACAGAACCCUUUACCCAGUUAAUCAGUCCCCUACUACUAACGCUUAAUCCAGAAAUUUACUCAACAGAAUACGAGCGCAAUUUACGUGCAAUGGGUUUUGAAAUUAAUUCUGUCGCUAAUCUUGGACACGUUGCUACAGCAGAUUUAACUGAAAGAAAAGCAAAGACACCCAAGCAAAUCGAAGGCCCAAGGGAAUCUACUCCUAAGCCACGUGAAGUGGAAAAACAGAGCACUAGUAGUAUUUAUAAAUUUAUUAAAGCUGCUAAUGAAAAAUCUACGCCUCAAGCUCAUCGUCCUUCAAAUGUUAAAACACCUACGGAUGAUGAUUUCUAUACUACUGAUGAAGAUCCUCUUGAGGUUAAUUAUAAGAAGCCGAAAAAUGAAGUUGCACAAGCACAACAAGUGGAAAGCGAUGAGGAGGAGUACGAAGAAGAAAUUACAGAGGUUACAACAUCAACGGAAGAGUCUUUUGAAGUUUCUGAAUCCUCUUAUAGCGAAGAAGCUGAGGAGACGGGAGAUUUACAAGAUGACGAAGAGUACAACGAUGAAGAGUAUACUUUGGGAAGUAUUGAUAGUGAAUCGUCUAUGGAGGAGCAAAAGAAGAGAACACCCACUGCUUUUGAUCAACGAAGAGUGCAUUUUAAGCCAACAUCCAGUUCGUCCAGUGAUUCAACGUCUGUGUGUAGUUCUUCGUCGGUUGAGCAGCCCACAACCGUAGUUAUGAGAGCUAAACCAAUACCCGCUAAGCGUCAUAACAUUGAAUCGGAUGUGACUACCACAGAUGACGAACAACCUUGCUAUAUUAGCGUUGACAUGUAUAGGAAGAGUAGUAACUUAACAAAUGGACCGGAACCUGUUAAAACUAUUGUUCGACAAAGCGAAAUGCAUAAAAGAGGAGCGGCAAAAUUGGCGGGUGAGACGAGUACUGUUCUAAAGAAACCAAAAGCACCAGAACCUUGUAUAGCCCAGCGUCUAGCGGAAUUAGAAGCUACAGUACAACAUCAACAAAACGUUAUCAAUCAAACGUCGAACGCUUUAAAUACGAUAUCGACCGAUUCGCCUUUCGCUGGCGGAAGUGUGGAGCAAGUUGAGUGCAAUCGUCUGUUGUUGGUUGCUUGUAAAAGACGGGAAGCCGCUCUUGCUGAGAGAAAUAAAUUAAAAGCCUUAGGAAGGGUUCCCACGUCUAACGGGCCUAGAGGAUCGAUUACCUUAUCUGAUAUUCGAUUACCUUUGAAAACAGAUUUCAUGGGCCGAGUUGGGACCCAGCAUGAUAGAUUCGCACACUUCUUUAUUGUAUCACUUCGACAAAGAGAUAGGGUUGUCUUUACUGAAAUGGUCUCGACUCACGACGGUAUGGUCAGAGGAUUAAUGGAAUUUCCAAAUAUGGUGAAAUUUUCGGAUAUAACUCAAGAUUUCAAAAUUGACGUAGAAGUUUAUACAAUGUCUGUUCCAUUAACUCAACCUAUGUCACCCUUUAAGAAGAAGACGCCGAAAAAAUCUAAACUUUCCCAUCCGCAUGGGCCAAAUGUCGUUAGAAUUAGCAAUUUUGCCCAAGUAACUUCCACAACACUCGAUAUGAAUUCUUUGGGAAAAAAUCAUUUUGGUUUAGAAAGGGUUCCGAAGUCUUGCCCCCUUUCCGGUUCCCUACACGUUACUAUUCAAUGUAGUAUGGAAAGUACAAUAGAAGAGAGUGGAUGGUUAACCAUGUUCGAAGAUGUCAGCGGCCUAGGAGCAUGGGAUAGACGAUGGUGUAAAUUAAAAAAUGGACGAAUAUUUUAUUGGAAGUAUCCAAGCGAAGAAAAAGAAAAUAUGGAACCAAUAGGUUUUAUAGAUAUGAAAAAUUGUAUUACGCAAUCAAUAGAUUUAAUUCCGAGAGAUAUAUGUGCUAGACCAAAUACUUUUGAAUUAGUUUGCGUAAGAAGACAAACAAGAGGAGAUCAUGAUACACUUGUAACAAGCUGUUCAAACACUAUGACUUCGACAAGAUUCUGGCUAUCGGCCGAUACAAGAGAAGAACGAGUUGUUUGGUGCGAUGUACUAAACGAAGCACUACUUCACCUAAGAGCUUGGAAUGUUGAUGCUUUAAGGCCUAUAAAAGCACCUCCUCGUCAAAGAGGGGGUAAAUACGAAUCGCAAAUAUAA